AUGCGUGCCAACAGUCUGGGGGAGCUCGAACUGGACCCAAUGUUUGUCACUGCAGACCGUCUGAACUGCAGCAUAUUGGCUGGAGUAAAUAAAACAGAAGAUGUGAAUAUUGCUGAAGAAGUGCAGGUUGACUUACAGCCUUCUGCAGCCAGAGUCAAGGGUAGCAGUGGCAAUGUCAACCAAAACUGGUUCACAUCAAGAGAGGAUAAGCAAAUGUUACGGUGGAGAGGCCAUGCUUGGAGACAAGGAAUGUGGUCUAAGGAGGAGACUGACAUGCUUCAGCAGAAUAUUGAAAAGUACUGCUCUGAUCGUGGACUCUCUGAUCCAGCCUCAGUCAUUUUCAAGAUGUCCAAAGAAGAGCGCAGUGGAUUCUACCGGGUUAUUGCCCAAGGCCUUAAUAGACCACUCUUUUCUGUGUAUAGGAGAGUCAUUAGGCUGUAUGAUAAUAGAAACCACAUCGGAAAGUACACAUCUGAUGAAGUUACAAAAUUAAGAGAGUUACGCAUGAAACAUGGCAACAACUGGCAAGCUAUUGCAGCACAUCUUGGGCGGUCAGCUGCCUCUGUGAAGGACCGUUGUCGACUCUUGAAUGAGAACUGUAACAGGGGUGUCUGGUCACCAGAGGAAGAGGAUCGGUUGGCAGAGGUUGUGUAUAACUUAGCGAGUGCCCUCCCAGGGGAACAGAUACAGGUAACGAGUGGAAUUUCUUGGGGAGAAGUUGCUGCAAGAGUUGGCACAAGGUCUGAAAAACAGUGUCGAACAAAGUGGUUGAAUUACCUGAACUGGAAGCGGACAUCAGGGGUCGAAUGGAGUAAAGCAGAUGAUGUACAACUGAUCUGCAGACUUAGUGUGUGUGGUGUUCAGGAAGAGUCACAGGUAGACUGGACCGCACUCGCACGUGGAUGGCCAGCAUGCCGCUCCCCACAUUGGCUUAGAGGGAAGUGGUGGAACCUGAAAAGGAAACUGCCCAAUGCAAGUCAAGAAUCAAGCCUUAGAG